AUGGAGGAUCUGUGUACAACAUGCUUGUGCGUAGGAAGAAAUUUGGUUUUCAUUGGAGAGACUGGAUGCUACAAUCUGUACUGUCAAAUUUUAAGUGAAAUUGAGGUGUAUGAUACCUCGGUUGUAUGUGUACGCGUGUGUUGGGAAUGUCGUGUGGCACUCCGUAAUUUCCAGCGCUUCAAAGUACGGGCGCAACGCUGCUACACUGAGCUUCUGGAGCAUAUUCAACAGCAGGAUAAUUCUCAAAAGUUAUCACUCUGUAAGGACUCGAGUUUAAAAAUACAACAUGUCUUGAACAUAAGUUACCCUGAGACUGUAAAGGUGGAAAGUGAUCAAGAAAAUGUCACAGUAGAGAACAUCAAGACUGAAAACCUAGAAAGUGAUAUAGAAACACACUGUGAACCGGAAACUUUUGUAAGGGAUCUAAAGCUGGAGAGUCCGAAGGUCAAGAAGGAAAGUAUCAAAAAGACAACGAAAAAGAGGAUAAAAAAGAAGGUUAAGAAGAAAAAGCCGAAGUCUAACACUCCGACAUACAUAAGUGAGUCAGAGCAUUGGUCAGACAAUAACGAAGAUAAUGAAACGGCACAAAAUCUAGAAGAGAAGUUGUUAGAAGAGAACAAGGAGAUUGUGAGUAACCCCUGUGAUACAGAAAUAGAAUUUGGAGAUGGUUUAGAGAAUCAUCUGAAAGAGAAACAUGCAUCGCCACCCCACGUCAAUGGCACCGCAACAAGAGCACCCCGUUCCAGGGAAGUUUUACCGGACAGACCCCAGUGUGUGGAGUGCGGCAAGAUAUUCAGCUCAAAGAAGACCUAUAGGUAUCAUCUCAACGUUCUACACAAGGGUCAGAACAGUCAUCAGUGUCCAAGGUGCGGCAAGGUGUACCAGUGGAAGUCCAAUCUGGGCAGGCACAUGCGGACUCAUAAGGCUCGUGACUCCGGCGAACUCCACUGCGAUGUUUGCGACAAGGCGUUCGCUUCUGUGGCCACGUACCGACAGCACCUGCGGAUAUCCAGGAAACACGUGCCUGAAACUGAAUUCAGGUAA